AUGCAGUACUGGAAUAUAAUUGGUACAAGGAGUUUAAUUGGCUACAGUGCUGGUGAUAUCGAGAAACGAGCUCUGAUCUUUCCACCAACCAGUCUUUAUGGGACUUUUUUGGCAAUCGCGGUGCCGAUCGACAUCCCCGAUAAGAAUGUAUUCGUGUCUUAUAACUUCGAGGCCAACUACAGCCCGGUCACCAACAUCACGGAGAUCGAUGACGUCAUCUUCCCUAACUUACCGGAAAUUAGCCGAAGACAUAGCCGAAGUAUCACCAGAGAAUUAGCUUAUGCAGUGUUAGAAGCCAGAUUUAAGGAACACGGCAUGAAAGGCAAAGAAUGUAUGUUGCGCAACAUCUGCGAAGCCGCCGAGACGCCACUGCACCACAACGGGUUGCUUGGACAUAUCAUGCACAUAAUUUUCACACCGUCGACGUCCCGCGAAGAAGGUUUAGCGGAUGACUACUACCAAGCAGAGUUGGACGGGCAAAACCAGGACUGCGACAAAUAUCUGGACCUGUGUCCGUUUAGCGUCUUCGACGUGAUCACCAGGCUGGUGGAAUACCAACACUAAGAUCUACCUUCAAAAAAAUUUAAACCGGAGCUCAACAUUGAUGUGGCAAAUAUCUCUUUUAAUUUUUUUUUAUACUACGUCGGUGGCAAACAAGCAUACGGCCUAUGUACGCCUGCAAGUCCAGAGGAGUUACAUGCGCGUUGCCGACCCAAACACUCCGCACCCUCAUUCAGCUCUGGCAACCUUACUCACCGGCAGAAACACGACACUAUGAGAAGGGUCUAGUGUUAUUUGGCUGCGGUUUUCUGUCAGUUGAUACUUCCCCAGUUGGCAAUAAAAUUUAAACUUAUAUUUUGACAUCAAAAUUAUAUCAUUUUCGUCACAAUUGCCCGUGCGUCUUGCGCGCGCUAAUAAUACAUGUAAGAACAUUCAAGUAGGAGUGAUAUGCACGCGUGAAUGAUAUCUAAAUGACAUAAAUAAUUUGGAUAUAAUUUUGAUCAAGUGUACGUUCAAAUUGGCCUCCUAUUCACCAUUCAGUCUUUUAUACAUUCGGGAGGCCGACGGGCCAACAUUGUCAUCUUUCGUACAAUGAAGACUACUAAUCGAAUUAAAAUCGAAAGACUGUUGACUCUGACCACGAUAACUUUGCACAAUCUACGCAGUAAGAAUUCACAAUAGCUCCAUGGCAAAAAUUAAACAGAAAUAAUUUUAGAUGUAAUUCUAAGAUUCGUGUUGUUUAAGAUAUAUUUAGCAAAUUAAGUUUAAAUCCUUG